UUUCUGUUUGGCUCCUCUGGUUCUGGAUUUGUGAAGUAUGUUUCCCAGAUUCGGCCAUUGCCAUGAUCUCUCUAGCGACCUCGUCCUUGCUUACAAGAGUUAACUUCCUGCUGCUUUCUUGGGCCAGGAAUGCUGUAACCUGCAAGGGAGAAAAGCAUUCGCUUCGAUUGUCGAAUGGAGAGCAUCAGCGAAGAGGCUUGGUCGUAAUCACUCGUGCUAGUCGGAGGAGUGAUGAUAAGGAACGUAAGGAGGAGGAUGGAAUUGGAACUAGGUCGAUUGGUGUGAGUCCAUCAGGAGGAGACUCGGUUGCAGCGAGGAAGGAGACAGCAAGCGAAGCGAAUGUGUCAGCUGAUGCACCAGCGGAAAUGUCAGUUACGUCAGCAGAUGCGUCAGCGUCGACGGAGAAGGCUGAAAAUGGAACGGCUGACGAGCCUGCUCUGGUCCUCCCAGGGUUCGUGGAGGUUACCUGCCGUAGCGAGGAAACUCCUAACGAAGCGUCGACGGAUCAAGACGGGAAAGAUGAACUGGAAAGGACGACGGCAACUUCAAGGCAGCGCCAUGGUGGUUUCACCAUCCGCGUGGUCUCCUAUAACGUCCUAGCCCAGGCAUCUGUCUCGCGCAAGAAGUUCCCCACCUCUCCUCCCCUUUCUUUGAGAAAGAGCUAUCGCAUCCAUGCCCGCCUCGCGCUCCUCAACUCCUUUGCUGCUGAUUUCAUCUGCGUCCAGGAGAUGGAGUACAAGCACAUAUUUCACACGCCCAUGGCACUAGAGGGGUGGCGUGUGGUGUAUGCCAAGCGGCCAGGGCCACAUGCUGAUGGGAGCGGCAUCUUCUACCGAUCCGAGAGGUUCCGAGUUCUUCGUUCGCGAGUAGUCAAUUUCAAUGACCUCGUUCCUCAAGAUGGAAAAAUGCAUGUUGCUUAUAGGAAGGAUGAGGAACAGCAGCAGCAGCAGGCUCGGCAUCGGCUUGAGAAGCCUCACAUGGAGCACGAUGAUUCGCGGCAUCACAUUCAUCUGCUGGAUGAUCAUCCCAUCUGCAAUGAGACGAGCAGCUCUGGUCAUCACAAGCAUGACACCGCUCAUGAAGACUAUCAUCCUGACCAGCAGGGGCAGCAGCAGCAGCAGCAGGAGGAGGAGGAGGAGGAGGUGCAGCAGCAUCAGCAGCAAGGGAAGGAGCAUCAUCACCACCACCAGCAGCACCAGCAGCAUCAGGAUGAGCAUCAGGAUGAGCAGCCUCACGACAUGUCGGAUCCUCGGGUUCGCUUCAAGCGCGACUGUGUUGCGGUAAUGGCUGCCUUCCAAGAGGUCGAAUCACCAGGCUCUUCCAUCUCAGCUGAAAGCGUUGGGGGGUCUUCUGCAGAGGGCCCAUCUGGUGGAGGUCGCAUUGUCAUUGUGGUCUCAUCACAUAUAUACUGGAAUCCCAAGUGCCCAGACGUGAAGCUAGCUCAGGCCAAGUACCUGCUGCAGGAAGUUGUGCGAUUCCGAUCGGUUGUAGAAUCCCUCCAUCAUCAACAAUGCCACCAGAUGAUAGAGCUAGUCGCUGACUCCCAGCUAAGAGGAGGUGACCUCAAGGUGGAUGCGUCUGGGGCAAAGGAGGACGUUGAGGGGAAGGAGGAGCAAGACCAGAUCCCGGUCGUCAUUUGCGGUGACUUCAACUCGAAGCCUGGAGACCCGGUGUACAGUUACAUUGUUUCGGGCAGCACGAGAGACAAGAGUCGUUCUGGUGAUCGCCUGGCAACCAAUGCUGCCCCCAUUCCACUUGCCAGUCUCAAUGCGGUGGCUAGCAGGGAGAGAUCCAUGUGUUAUGCUGCCCAUCCUGGACAUUCAUCAUUACACGACUUGGCUGAAUGGUCAACUGAUGAGGACGACGCAAAAAAGCUAGAGCCUCCCUUUACUAGCCUCACGGUGGAUUUCAAGGAGACGGUAGACUACAUUUUCGUGUCUAGAGAUUCUAGAGGGUUUUUUGUGCGCUCCACUCUAUGGAUUCCUACCGAUGCAGACUCUCACUUGGCUGGCGGCCUGCCCAACUUUUCUUUCCCUAGCGACCACUUCCCUAUUGGAGGAGAUGUUGUAUUUUUUACUUGAUCCAUGUGUUCGUCUUCUUUAUUAAACUCAGUGCCUGUGC